AUGGAGAUAGAGAAGGGAAUUAAGGAUAGUAUGGAAAUGGUGGAGAAAGAAGACAGCAAGAAGAUGAACCACCGUCGACGUGGAGGAAUCCGAACGCUACCUUUCAUUUUUGCGAAUGAAGCGUGUGAUAGAUUCGCAAGUGCUGGAUUUCACAGUAACUUGAUAAGUUACUUAACUCAAGAACUCAACAUGCCAUUGGUAGCAGCUUCAAACACACUCACAAAUUUCGGUGGAACAUCAAGCUUCACUCCUCUCCUUGGUGCUCUCCUAGCAGAUUCCUUCAUCGGACGCUUUUGGACCAUUACCAUUGGUUGCCUCAUUUACGAACUCGGAUUGAUUAGCAUCACUAUAUCAACUACACUGCCCUAUUUUCGUCCUCCACCAUGUCCUACACAACUCAACUGCCAAGAACCUACAUCUUUGCAACUAUCACCACUUUACAUCUCUCUCCUUCUCACAUCUCUUGGAUCAGGUGGCAUUAGACCCUGUGUUGUUCCCUUUUCGGCUGAUCAAGUCGACAUGUCCAAAGACGGUGUUGCGUCUAGGAAGUGGAAUCUGUUCAACUGGUACUUUAUCAUCAUGGGUUUUGCUUCUCUAAGUGCUUUGACAAUUGUGGUUUAUAUUCAAGAUAACAUGGGUUGGAGUUUAGGACUUGGCAUUCCCACCAUUGCUAUGCUGAUUUCGAUAAUUUUAUUCGUGUUGGGCUCGCCGAUUUAUAAGAAUGUGAAACCAGAAGGAAGCCCUUUAGUUCGUUUAGCGCAAGUGAUUGUCGCUGCUGUCAAGAAAAGGAACGAGACAUUGCCGGAUGAUCCUCAGCUUUUAUAUCAAAAUAGGGAACUUGAUGCCGCUAUUUCAUUAGAAGGAGAUCUUUUACACUCAAAUCAAUAUAAGUGGUUGGACAAAGCUGCAAUUGUCACAGAUGUUGAUGCCAAAGAUUCAAAUGCACCACCAAACCUUUGGAAUUUAGCAACUGUUCAUAGAGUUGAGGAGCUAAAAUCCAUCAUUAGAAUGCUUCCAAUAUGGGCUUCAGGAAUUUUACUCAUAACUUCCUCAUCACAUUUAGGUAGUUUCGUAAUUCAACAAGCUCGUUCGAUGGAUCGCCACCUCACUCCCUCAUUCCAAAUUGCACCAGCCAACAUGUCAAUCUUCAGUGUCUUAACAAUGAUGACAGGAAUUAUUCUAUACGAACGCCUUUUCGUCCCGUUUGCACGUAGAUUCACAAAGAAUCCCGCUGGAAUAACGUGUUUACAAAGAAUGGGAGUAGGGUUUGUGAUCAACAUUAUAGCCACUAUAGUUUCAGCACUAGUGGAAAUAAAAAGAAAAAAAGUUGCUGCAGAAUACAACUUAUUGGAUGAUCCAAAAGCGAUUAUUCCAAUAAGUGUGUUUUGGUUAGUACCUCAGUAUUGUUUACAUGGAGUGGCUGAAGUUUUCAUGUCUGUUGGACAUUUAGAGUUUCUGUUUGAUCAAUCACCGGAAAGUAUGAGAAGUAGUGCCACUGCUUUGUACUGCAUAACUACAGCCGUUGGUAAUUAUAUGGGCACAUUGUUGGUAUCAUUGGUUCAUAAGUAUACUGGUAAAGAGAGGAAUUGGCUUCCUGAUAGAAACCUUAACAGAGGAAGAUUGGAUUAUUAUUAUUUUCUUAUUAGUGGGAUUCAAGUUAUAAAUCUCAUUUAUUACAUAAUAUGUGCUUGGUUUUAUACUUAUAAGCCCUUAGGUGAAAUAUGUGAAAGAGAGAAAGAAGAAUAUUUGGAGCAAGAGAGUAUAAAUGCAUCAGAUGAGAAUUUGAAAGAUGGUAAGGGUGAGGAUAAAAGAGGGUUUACAAAAGAUGAAUGA